CUGAGAGCCACGGUGACUGGCCCGUGCCUCCGCCCCGCCCACAGCCAGAGUGUGAAAACCAAUAAAAUAAAAGGCAACAACAAAAGAAAGACCACAGAAGAAGAAGUAGAAACAUAAACAUUAGUUGUAAACAACAUGGCGGCGGUAAGAAGAGCAGCGCUUUCGGAGCGGAGCUGCCUGGAACAUCAGGCCGCCCUGUGAGCGUCUGCCGGCGGCAUGAAGCUCCCCGGGCUGCCGGCAUCAUGGUCGAUGUGACAGCCAACGCCCGCGAAGUCAUGUCGGAUUCUGCCGGAGUGUUGCCGCGGGGCGGCCGGCUCCCGGCUUCGGGAGACGGGAGGUCUGCGGAGACCUGGAAGGGGCACAUCGUCCGUGAGCUGAAGCACCGAGACCUGAGCCAGCACACCAUGUUCCAGGACCUGAUCCGCUUCUAUACUCAGCUGCUGGAGAAAACCAGUCUGACCAAAGGACUGCUGAGCAGUUCCAUCAGGCGUCCCCGUGCUGCUGGCAGCGCCCCGCUGUCGUCUCUGCUGCAGCAGCGCAGCCAGCUGAAGAAGACGGCCGGAGAGUUGGCCUAUCAGGUGGUGGAGCUGCAGCAGCAGAUUAAAAUCAAAGAAGGCGUUCUGGAAGAGCAGCAUACCAGGCUGUUGGAGGAGCAGCGGCGCCUGUCGGGAGCGUCUGAUACCCGUCUGGAGCUUCGGGCGCGGGUGGAGCUGGUUCAGAUGCAGAACGCGACGCUGAAGGAGAAGUACGAUAACCUGCUGAAGGAACAGAGAGUGGCAGAGACGAAACUCCGGGAGGAGAAGGUCAGAGGAGAGCACCUGCUGGCAGACAUGAUGAAGUGGAAAAAACAGGCCGCUGCUCGCAUGAACAGCCGAAACGAGCGCCGCUCCAGGUUCCUGAGCGCACCUCACACACCUGUUCAUCAGUCGGCGGGGGGGACACCUGCAGGAAGGGCAAUGUGGAGCCAAACUGAGAUCUUUCUUUCUUUCAGAGCUCGAGAGGCACACCUGGCACCUGUAGCCAGGUCAAAGGUCAACUUAGACAGAAUAAAACGUGUGUGUUUCAGCUCGUCGAGCGCUCCGAGCUCCAGAUCGGCAUCUCCAAAGAACGAAAAGCAGGACGAGGCCACAGAACGAAGACACACUCGACUUGUCAGGUCGGCGUCUGCAACAUCCCCGAGGAUCUUGACCUCCAUCAAAGAGCUGUUCGACAGGAAGAGGCGGGGUCACUCAGUCUGCAGUCUGGAGGAGAAUCUGGUUUCUCCUGUAAGAAUCUGUGUGUCAGCCAGAGUCCCUGCCAGAGCUCUGCAAGUCCUGGACGCCCAUGAGCAAGACAUCAACGCUGUGAGGUUCAGCUCCAGCUCAGACCUGUUGGCCACAGGGGGGACCGACAAAGUCAUCAAACUGUGGGAGGUCAGGGCAGGCUUGCUAACUCACAGAGGGACCCUGGACGGCAGCACGGAGGGGAUCACCUGCAUCGAGUUCGACCCCAUGGGCUUCAGGAUCCUCGCUGCGUCGUACAAUAAGUCGGCCAUGCUGUGGCAGCUGGGCGACUCCGUUCCCAAGGUGACUCUUACAGGUCACAGCAGGAAGGUAACGGCAGCGAGGUUCAGCAGCGUCCUUCAUCAGGUGGUGACGGGAAGUGGAGAUGGAACCAUCAGACUGUGGGACCUGCAGCGAGCUGCCUGUGUGCGGGCGGUUAACGUGGCGAAGUACUGCAGUGACCUGGUCUGCUCCGAGAACUGCAUCAUCAGCGGACACUACGACUGCCAGAUCAGAGUGUGGGACUCCAGGGCGGCGAGCUGCGUUCAGAUGCUUCCUGCUCAGGGAAAAGUCACCUCGUUGGACCUCAGCUCUGACCAUCUCCAGUUGCUCAGCUGUUGCCGUGAUGACUGCCUCCAGCUGUUUGACCUGAGGAGGUGGAGCAGCGAGCGUGUGAGCUUCAGAGCCGACGGGUUUAAAUGUGGCAGCGACAGCACCAAAGCUGUGAUCAGUCCAGACGGUUGCUAUUUGGCGGCUGGCUCCGCAGAUGGUGCUGUUUACAUCUGGAAUGUCUCGACUGGUAAGCUGGAGACCCGCCUACCAGACAAGCACAGUUCGUCCAUCAGUGCCGUGUCCUGGUCUCUGUCUGGCGAAUACUUUGUCAGUGUGGACAAGAGUAAGCGGGCCGUCCUCUGGAGUGAUAUCUGAGACCACCAAUCCCAUGAAGAGGUUAUGCUGUCAUGGAUACACGUCACACAUCAAGCCUUAUCUGGACAAAACAAAGGGAACAGGGAACUGUUUGAGGAAUAUUUAAAGUCUGUUUUUAAAACCAUUUGUUGGUUGGACCAAAGGGAAGCGAAACGCUGUCUUAUUUUGUUGUGUUUUAUGAUAACUGGGGAGUUUUAAUACAAAUAUUAACAAGGGAGGAAUAAAACGGACUCUCUACCAGCUUUAAGCUUUUUAUGUGUAAAACCUGUGUGAACUGAACAAAGGGAAAUCUGUACCCAAACAUCCACAUGCUCCUGCAAUGCUUGAAAUGUUUUACAGUGGACGACUUUAAAAUGAGAGCGAGUUCCGGCUCGCGGCCUCGGGGCCUCGGGGCCGAACAGCUGAGGUGCACACGUCAGCCAGCGGGUGCUGUGCCGUCAUGUUCAGAAGAAGAUUUCAGCUUGAUUUUUACCUGGAACAAAGUAGAAGCAAGUAGCACAUGAUUCAACACUUGCAUUUUUUUUUUUUUUAAAUUACAGAAAACUUAACUACAUUUUUGUUGUACUGAAAUAAGUCACAUUCUUCUAAAGGGCGCUAGUUUGGGGGAACUAACGGUUUCUCCAUCACGGCAGCUCAGUCACAGGAGUCAGCUGACUGGUUUUAUUCCACUGCUGUUGUGGAUCAGAUUAAUCAGUAGCUUCACUUCUAUCAGGUCACUGUUCAUAAGGGGUCUGCGGGUCCUUAAAUUCACAUUUAUCAAUAAAGAGUCUUAAAGUGUUUUAAACUGACGUGAAUCUUAAACGUUUUUAGUCACUUCAGUUAUACCCGUCACUUUUACGUCACUCAUUGCGGCUGCAUUUCGACACAGAAGCUUUACCUACUUGCUGUUCAAACCUGCUGAUUGUGAGUGGCAGCCAGUCAGAAGAAAGUUGUCUUAAAGUGGGAGGAGCUAAAAAAGCCAAGAGCCUGCACUGAGGCCCAGUAACAAAUAAUGGAUUAUUUUGAACUGUGAGCCAUGCAAAGCUGCUCUAGCAGAAUUCAAGUUGUGAAAUGUUUGCAUGUCACUUUAAUAAUUUAACUCCACAGUGGAAAUACAGCUGAUGAGUGCAGGAGUUUUCCCUUAAUAACCAAGUUUCUGUUGUGGAUCUCUACAGAAAUAAGCUCCUGCUGGAGGCUGCUCAUGAAUACAGAGCCUGGAUCUGUCAGUUCAGCGCAGUGAAACCGAUAAAGACGUUUCCACCUACAGGUUUUUGUGAAUGAUGGUUCUAACGUGAUGGAAACGCAGGAGGGAAGGUGACCUAUGAACAGCAUUCAGAGCUAUAAGCACCACCCUCAGAGUGCCUUAACCUUUGCAACCCCCUGAGAAGGAACUUUUUCUUGGUACAACAGUCACCAGCUGCUUCAUUCAGGCCCUGAUCUCUCUGGUGAAAACACAGGUACAACUCCCUGGGGGAAGGUUUACACAGGUGGUCUAAAGAACGCUUUCUCAACUGUGGGGAGCUCCUGCGGUGAAAAGCAGCUCCUGAGUCAUAAAAUCAAACCAGCAGCUGAAAAGUUCAUCUCACUGUUUUCCUUUAAGCACUCGAAGCAGAGUGAAGUCAGCAGCCCGAACAGAAAACAUUUCAUCGGUCAUUCCCUGAGCUGUCGGAUCGGUGGAAGUGUUUCAGUCUGACUGCUCUCUGUGCUCUCAGCAGUGGAUUUGCAUUUAAAAGGCACCUGCAUUAAUUCACUGUUUGGCCUCUCGGCUUUGACGCACGAAGUCAGCGGCUUCAAAGGGAAAAGUUGACGGCUGGAGGCUCAGAGAGAGACUUUCACAUCUGUUUGUUACUGACUGUUUCAGCCAGAACUGCUGACCUGACCUGCAUCAUGUACAGUAAACAUGCUGUGCUUAAAAACAGUUAAAUGAGGCCAUUAGAACGGUCCUGUUCUGCUUUCAUAUGUCCUGUCAUAUAUUUGCUGUUCCAGUGGUGCCUCUGUCUUUAUAAGUCAUGCAAAGCUACUCUAGUAGAGCCCAAGAAUAAAAAUUUUAGAGCUGGAAAUGAGCAGAAUGGGUCCACCUGCUGCAGAGUAACCUUUUAAAGAGCCCCAAACCUUUGCAUCUGUCUCUGCAGUGAGAUUAGGUUCCCUCUCUGGCUUUACUCACACUUUAAACACCUGGCUGCUGGCCAGGUAAAAGCAACUGUUGGUUCUUUUAAGUGUUUUUGGUGACUGACUUUGUCACAGUUCCACACCAGCUGCUGAUGUUCCUCCAACGUUCUGUCAGUGUUUUUAAUAUGUUGGUAUUGUUUCCACUCUGCUGCUGUAACUGCUCAUAUCUUUAAUAAACUAGUUUC